AUGAAGCCCUCGGCGAUCAUCUCCCUCGCCUGCGUCCUCCUCUUUCUUCUCAAUGUACCUCGCGUUGAGUCGUCCCGGCCGCAGGGACUCGGAGCAGGGCACCACGCGCCCGGACAGGGGCACCACCCCGGCCACGAUGGCGGGCACCAAAACGAUCAACCUGAUCCUGAUUACAAUGGGUACAGCUUCUAUGUCUUUGGUGACUCCUUCGCCGACAACGGCAACCUCCUCAAGAAGUACCCUAACUCGGAGCUCACCCGCCAGUGGUAUCCUCCCUACCAGGCUUCCGGCCGCUUCUCCAACCUCCUUGUUCAAUCCGACUUCAUCGCCAUGCUGUUAGGGCAGCCCGCGUCCCCUCCGGCACACAGGCAAACUCGCGGAGUCGGCCCGGUCGGCAUGAACUUCGCCGCCGGCGGCUCCGGCGUGUACGACGUGCCAGGCACCCCGACCCUCGCCAGGCAGGUCCACACCUUCAACAAGCUCGUCAAGGACGGGGACAUCAAGCAAGAGCAUCUCGACGGCCAAUCCCUCGCGCUCAUCGCCGUCGACGGCAACGACUACGCUCGUGUCCGCGCCAACGCCAGCAGCCUCGCCGACAUCGAGUCUUUUGUCGAGACGGUGGUAGAGGAGAUCGAGGCAAAUGUGGUGCGGCUGCAGAACAUCGGCGUCAAGAAGGUGCUCGUCAACAACCUCUUCCCGCUCGGGUGCGCGCCAUCGCUGACCAGGCGCACCGGCUACUCUGGCUGCGACGAGGAGGCCAACCAGGACGCCGCCCUCCACAACCACCUCCUCUUCAACCAGCUCACCUUCUCCAGGAUCAACGGCAUGGACGGCGUGCUCCUGCUGGACCUUGACGCCGCCUUCUCCAGGAUCGUCGGCCCCAGUCCCGACGCCGAUAUGGUGAAUCUCUUCCCCAACAGGCUGGUGCCGUGCUGUGACAGCUGGCUCUACACGGCCUACUGCGGGCAGGUGGAUCCGGACACGGACGGGCCGCUCUACAGGGUGUGCGACAACCCCGACAGCCACUUCUUCUGGGACGAAAUGAAUCCCACGCAGGUCGGGUGGGAGGCCGUCAUGGGGCAGCUCGAAGGACCCAUCAGGGAAUUCCUAGGGCUCAUCACGUAG